AAACCAUUCGUUCAUUUUUUUGUUUUUGACAGGUUAUACCGAGCUUUGAGCUAUUGUUUAUUCAGUGCACAGUGUUUUGUCCAUUUGUUCUGCCCAUUGGUUUUGUUGUGUGCUGUUCAGUUUUGUUGUGUCCUUGAAUUCAUCUCUGAUUAGCAUACAGCGAGAGCGUUUUGUUGAUCAUCGCCUUCUCACAUACACUGCACAUCCACGUUCUUUCCAGACUCUUCUAGUCGGUACCCCCUCUCUUCGUCAGAUAGACGGGAAAAAUGGAAGUAACAUCACGAAGAAAAAGAUGGUCGUUGGGACUGCUUAUGCUGGCCAUAGUGGUUCUCUCAUGGGUUCUGUCGUCGUUUCUGAUCAAUUCUAUCUUUGAAAAUGACCUCUAUCGAAAGCCAUUCUUCAUCACUUACAUCAACACGGCGACGUUCAUGUUUUACCUCGUGCCCUACGUCAAGAACUGUAUCCAACAGUAUUUGGAACAUGGCGAAAUAAGGUACAAGGAGGUGGAGGACGAAUUCCUACACAACUCCGAUGACGAAGAAAUCUCGCUUACCUCGCCAGACCAGAUUGACAAGUUGAGUCUUGUGGAAACUGUUAGACUGAGUGCAGAGUUCUGUGUCGUUUGGUAUCUGGCAAACUUGGCAACAAAUGCGUCGUUAAGCUAUACGAGCGUUGGCAGUCAAACGAUAUUGUCCUCAACAGCCUCAUUCUUUACGCUACUCGUUGGCUGGUUUGCAAACACUGAGAAGUUCAACCAGGUGAAGGUUGGUGCACUUUUACUGAGUUUCCUGGGUGUUGUUCUCGUGACAAAGGCCGAUAGCGAACAGAUUAGCCAUGAGGUGAAACGCACAGCGUUGUCAAUAUUCAUUGGUAACGCGUUGGCACUCCUGGGUGCCCUACUGUAUGGAAUCUACACCACGAUGCUCAAGUAUCGUAUUAAAGAUGAAUCUAGAAUCAACAUGAAAGUGUUCUUUGGCUUUGUUGGUGUGUUUAACAUCAUCUUGUUGUGGCCAUCACUGGUAAUACUCCACUAUACAGGGGUGGAGAAGUUUGAACUACCAAGAGGUUCCUUUGUCAUUGGUGUGAUUCUGACAAACUGUCUGAUCACUUUUGUAUCGGACUUUUGCUGGGUAAAGGCGAUGCUCUUAACAUCACCUUUAACAGUGACUGUUGGUUUAUCAACAACUAUCCCAUUUGCUAUGAUUGGUGAUAUCAUUUUCAAAAAUGAAAAGAUCACAAUAACUUAUCUCAUUGCAGCAGCGAUGAUUUGCGUAUCGUUCUUCAUCAUCAAUAGGGAUGCUGAGAACGACCGUCAUAUAGAGUGACGUUACGAUGAACUUUCACAUAUCAACACACUUAUAGUACAUUUGCAUUUCCUUUCUUCUGUUUCAUUGCAUGUUUAUGUGUUUUUUGCUUGUUUUUUUUCUUCAUUAUAUCUAU